AUGUUAAAGAACUUCUACCCCUCAGUACUAUUUUCACUCCCAAAUCUGGAAAUGGUCCAUAAUAAACCCACUUCACAGCAUCUAAAUGAUCGUAAUAAACGAUCUAUGAUAGCAUGCAAUCGCUGCAGAACUCGAAAGCAGAGAUGUGCUGGAAACCCACCUCUGUCCUGUGCAGCAUGUGUAGAUGUCGGUCUGACGUGUGUUUAUUCAGAGCCUGAAAAGCGUGUUUCUAUUACUGAGAGCUACUAUCGCCAUCUCCUAUCACAAGCACGGGCUGCGAGAUCAAGCAGUCAGUCAGCUCCGUCAGGUGCCGCAUCCACUGUGCCAUUUGUAUCAUCAACGACAUCUCCCUCUACUCACAACUCUGAAGACGAUGUGCUUUUAGAACGAGAUGACUGGUGGUAUAAAGGUACCGAUAAUUUAUUCCUCAAUCGGUCAGGGGAACAUCAUUUCGUCGGUGCAUCGUCAACAACCCACUUGGCUAAGCGCCUCAAUCCACAAGGCCAAUCCAAUCUUGCGUGGGAUGUGCGACCACUUUAUGAUGACCCUUUAUCUUUACGACGAUCGGUGGGUGGUUCCCUUCCACAAUUGCCCCCGUAUGAAUUUGCCAAGAGGCUCUUUUGGACACAGUAUGCCUUCAUCGGCACAAUAUUCUCUUUGAUCGAUCCUGUUCAUUUCGAAAAGAGACUAGACUUGGUCUACCACCACCCACCAGACUUUUCUCACAGCGAAGCAUGUCUGGUCUAUUGUCAGGUCCUACUAGUUAUCGCUUUUGGUUUGAUGUAUUCUGUAAAUCAAUGGUCUGGUGAUGAUGGGCCCCCAGGCUUUAAAUAUUUCAAGCAUGCGCUCCGCUUCUUACCAGAAAUUCAUGAAGACGGCUCCAUUUUGUUUGUGGAAGUGUUGUGUUAUGUGGCAUACUAUAUGCAGAAUCUCAAUCGGCGAGAUGCUGCUUUCCUCUACAUUGGGCUUGCCCUUCGUAUGGCCAUCUCUCUCGGUCUUCAUCAAGAGGUUUCCGACCUCGAUAUUAGUGAGGCAAAUCGAAACCGCCGAAGAAAAGCAUGGUGGUCAGUUUAUAGCUUAGACCGGCUACUAUCCGUCAAAUCUGGAAAUCCGAUUUCACUUCAGGAUGAGGACAUUGGUACCUUUCCGGCGACCUUGGACGGAUCAACUUCCGAUCCUUGGCCAGCAAUUGUCUUGACUCAUUAUACCCAGCUAUCUCGUAUUUUGGGGCGAGUCGGCGAAGAAAUUUACCGAAAGAAGCCCCGAUCCGGAUCCAAUCUCAUCAUGUCUGUGCAGAGCAUUACUAACGACCUGUCAAGCUGGCUUCGGCGGGUUCCAGAUGGCCUGCGUUUCGAAUUUACCACUCUUGACACUCAAAUCAACCGUGAAACUGUGUCAAUUAACCUCCACUUCUAUUCUUGCAUUAACAUGACUGUACGCCCUCUUGUUUUUUAUAUCAUUCAGCGUCGGCUUGAUGCAAAUAUACCUGGAGCCUCCAAAGAUGACUGGAAAGAGGGCCUUACGUCAAAUACUAUUGCAGUAAUUGAAAGCUGUAUCACCAGUGCUCGUGCGACGACAAUGAUUAUGAGUGCGGCCGCAAAGCAGAAUCUCAUAGCGACAUAUGGCUAUCUUGACGGAGAGUAUGUAUUCAGUGCUGCACUACUUCUCGUGAUGGUGAAUGCAGCAUUUCCACACAACGAAACGAAUACACGCGCCAUGGAGACCGCUCUCAGUCUUCUCAGGAGUAUGGCUGACCGGGGAAAUGUCUAUCUCAGCUCAAGACAUUCCUUGUUACUAGAACUGUGGGCUGCAAUCGGGCCCAAGCCUGUGAGAAAGACUAGUCCCAUGACGUCGCUGAACCUCACAGUUCAUGGGAAUGACCACUCUGUCUGCCCCGCGAUUCAUGAAACAACUUCACCAGCUCCAGAUUCAACCGAAUUACAGCAACCUGAAAUGACUUCUAUUCAGGACAUAUCCUUCCAAUUUGACCUCAAUGAUGACCCUGCUCUUUGGGAGGGGGCAUUGGAUCAAAUUGAUAUUGAUAUGGACACUGACUGGAUUGAAAAUACUUUGAAACGAUAA